AUGGCCGAAGCCACUUCGACCCCGCGCAUCACAGCGCAGUACCUUGACAACUACGUCGGCCGCAACGUCAUGCUCAUCGGCAAGGUCCUGCAGCUGCGCGGCGACUCUGCCGUCCUCGAUUCCGACGGCAGCGUCACUGCCAUCCUGAACCGUGAUGUCCACCUCACCAACGGCAACGGUGCCCAGGUCAUUGGCAAGGUCAACCCCGAUCUGUCCAUCAAAGUUCUGAGCUCGCGUGAUCUGGGUCCCAAUGUUGACUACCAACUCGCCUCCGCCGUAGUCGAGGCGACGCACCACCACAAGUCCCUCUUUGUCUAUGAAAACUGA